AUGAUGGUUGAUAACAGUGAAACAGAAUCAACGAGAAAGUGUUUUAAAUAUCACCAUCAUUUAUCCGGUAACAUCAACUUAGUCUACAACGCCACAAAUUCCAUGCUAUGUUUCUGGAACAAAUAUCAAAUAUUUCUCCAUGAUAGGUUAAACUUUGAGGAUACAGCAAAAAUAAUUGUACCGGAAUUUAAUAUAAGAGAAACGUUGUUAAUUAAUAACUACCUCAUAUGCUUAGAUGACAAUGAAAAUGUUCAUUUAAUAUCAUUGAAAUUUAAACAUAGUGGUGCAAAAAGGCCCAAGAGUAGCUUUCAUCUAAAAGAGAAAGAUGUACUGAGGAUAGCUUACAUUAAUGAUGAUUUGAUAAGUUUAAAAAAGGAAAAUGGAAUUUUCUUUAUUUGUUCCUAUAAGAUCAAUGCAGAUCUUUCACAAUUUAAGAAGCAACAAGUUAUUACAAAAGAUAAAAGUCAGAAUGGCACAAAAUGUCUUUUGUUUGUCUUUGCAUUGACUUCGAAUGAUUUUGAUAUGGUAAAAGAGAUUUUCAAUGCCAAAGAUACUUGGAAAGACCACUAUUUGCUCAUUAUCAGUUUUAAUGGACUUACAUUAUAUGGAUGUUUAUCAAAUUCAUGGGCGAACGGGGAACUGAAUUUCAUCAAACUGUAUACUGCACCUACAGAAAUUGCUGACAUUAAAAUAUUAUAUACAAGUCACCCUGAAAUUAUUAUAGGAUUGGCAACAGGGACCCUGAUAUGCCUAGCAUUAAAUACAGGGAAAUCAUGUAAAACUGUACAUUUAAACACUCCUAUUCAUAAAUUUCUUGAAGAAAACGAUAGUAUUAUUUACACAGAUGGUGCGACUUUGUGGAAAGCAGAUAAUGUCUUUGAACAAGUUACUUUUAGGCAAUUCUUUGUCAAACAAGUUAAGGAUUUUAUAAAAUGCAGAGAGCAAAUAAUAUGCACUACAUACAACAAUUAUAUCUAUAUGUUCCCUAUCGAUGAUGAUUCAAGUUACAUAAAAUCUGUUUCAAAUGAGGAAUACUGUUCGGCUGAACACUUGUUGAAUAAUUCUGAAUAUUUGUACAGAAUAUUGGAGGAAAUUAAUAAAUUAGAAACUUUGAGUAAGAAAAUUAGCAAUGAAAAAAAUUACAUUACUACCUUAGCUCUGUCAAAUAAACAGGCAAUUGUGGAUUCUAUAGUACAAUAUAAAAUUACUGUUCUUGAUAAUUACGAAGAAAUACUAAACGAAGAUAGAACACUAACAUUUACAGAUGAUCCCAGUGACAUAUUUAAUAAAGAUAAUUACAUCUUCAUACUUAAUAUUACAACUACACAUUUACAACAGAACUUUAAGGAAAUACUUUCAAAUGUGUUUGGUGACUUAAGAAUACAUAUAACAUUCUCAACAAACAAUAAGAUAAUAAAGACUACUACAAUUAUAAUUGAGGAAUUAAAGAAAGCUGAUAUUGUGCUGGCAUUGAAAAGUAAAUGUAUUAAUUUUAGAAAGAAGUUCUAUGUAAAUAUACAACUUAUUACAAGAAUACCAGGUGUCUUAGAUGCCAAAAGAAACCUUUGGGCGUGCCUACAUGAGAAAAACAUACAUGUUACAUCAGAAAAUUUUAUAAAAACUGGUAGAUCAUCAAGGAAUGUUUACUUAAAACAGAGGAAUGUUGAUAUAAGUCAUUCAAUUUUAGAAACGGCGAUGAACCAAUAUGGCUCUAUAUUCACCGUAGCAAAAGCAACACAAAAACCUUCUACCGAUUGUUGGAAUUUCUUUGUAAAACUACCAAACAACUACAAAGAAGUUUUUCAAAGUGACGUCCUUUAUAGAAAUAUUCAUAAACGAAGGAGACUGUAUCUAAAAGAACAGACGUCUGAUGCGUUUAUAAAAUCUCAGACUACCCUACAAUUUAUGAUUGGUGUGGCACAAGAUACAUCUGUGAAUUGGUCAUUGUAUACUACACUUGAGACACUGCAGAGGGACGUGAAAAACAGCAUAACAUCAGAUGGAAAAAUUGAAGAUUUCCUUGAAUUGCAUAACACAUUCCAAAGAAAUAUAACUGCUAAUUUUCCAAUUUAUGAAGUUUUUUAUUUGUUACCUACUUAUGAGACAUUUUUUUAA